GGAAAAAUACACAGGAAAAACAAACCAGUGAGUUCAUAGUUUUUCUUCAUAAGAGCAAAAAACAUGUGUUAAUGCUUCAGUUUUUUUUGAGGUGUUUCAAGUUGUUGUGAAGUUUUUUGUGAAAGAUAUUAUCCACAAGAUUGUACUCGAUAUCAUGGGGGAAAGGAAUACGCCCCACAGUAAUCACUUCAUGACUUUGGGAGCAGAUCAGCGGAGUCAAGCGUAUAUUUAUCCAGAGCCUUGUAUGAUGCAUGGGAGCUUUACAACUUUUCCGCAUCCAAACGUUAACACCACUGUGCCAGCUCCAGGAAGCCUUGGUAAUUUCUAUGUGCCUCAUCUACCAGGCCAUCAAGAGGGUGCUCUAGUUUAUGGGAGGCCACCGGCCAAUGGGAUUCAACAGUGGCAUUAUAUUACCAAUGUUGGCGCAGCAUUUACACCACCAGCAAAUUACUUUUACCCUUAUGUGGCAGCUCCAGCUGCAUUGAGGACUUCUCCAGUUCCAGCAAAUCAUGGGUUACGUGAUGGGCUUCCAGUCUCAGGCACUCAGGGCAGCACAGGAAAUAACGCAGAUAACUUAGGUAGGAACGAUCCUCGUAUGGACAGUACCAGAGAGUCAUCUAAGCAAAGGGAUGUUGCAGGCAACUCUGGAAAUCUUCAACAUCAUUCUGCUCUGGCAGGGCCUAGUACUUCCGCUGCUCCCGUCAUCACAACAGCAAAUGAGUCUGAUGUUUCUUCAAAUGAUUCUGUAUCACGCGAGCAUGGAGGGAGUGACUCAGCACCACUCCUUGAAAAUGGUACUGCAUCUGCAACUAUGGAUUUGCCAGUUCCAGCAAAUCAUGGGUUACGUGUUGGGCUUCCAGUCUCAGGCACUACAGAUGAUUCUGUCUCACGCGAGCAUGGAGGGAGUGAUUCAGCACCACACCUUGGAAAUGGUGCUACAUCUGCAACUAUGGAUUUGCCUGUUCCAGCAAAUCAUGUGUUACGUGAUGGCCUUCCAGUCUCAGGCACUACAAAUGAUUCUGUCUCACGCGAGCAUGGAGGGAGUGACUCAGCACCACUCCUUGGAAAUGGUGUUACUUCAGCAACUAUGGAUUUUCCCGUUCCAGCAAAUCAUGUGUUACGUGAUGGGCUUCCAGUCUCAGGCACUACAGAUGAUUCUGUAUCACGCGAGUCUGGAGGGAGUGACUCGGCACCACUCCUUCAAAAUGGUGCUAUGUCUGCAACUAUGGAUUUGCCCGUUCCAGCAAAUCAUGGGUUACAUGAUGGGCUUCCAGUCUCAGGCACUACAGAUGAUUCUGUAUCUCGUGCGCAUGUAGUGAGUGGCUCAGCACUGCUCCUUGAAAAUGGAGUACAGAGAAGUGGGAGCAGAUCUGCUGGUGGUCCAGAUACUGUAUUGCAAAAUAACAAUAAUUAUCUGCUUCAAGGAAACUAUGUAGGCCAAGCCUAUCAGUUUCCUGGCAAUCCUUGGCUGAACAUGCCUUCCAGUAGCAGCGGCAGUACAGCUCCAUCUUGGGCCUGGAGUCAGGCUGCUCCUAUAACCUAUCCGCCCGUUGGUGCCGGAGGCUAUGUGAUAGGUGCUGGAAACAUGGCUAUGCAAGGUUAUCAAAUACCUUCCAGCAACGGGGGUUUGACUGGUUUCAUGUAUCCACCCAUUCCUCAAGGAUCACCGCAGUACCAUCCUCAUCUGUCACCUAACAUGCAAAGUAUGGCAGGCCACACAGUGAGCACCUAUGCUCAGAUGACAGCAUCUCCAGGCAGACAACUACAACUUACUUCGUCCAAUAUGGGACCCUUGCUUCCGUCUGACUAUAGAAUGUACAGACCUCAUCAAAGGGAACUCACGAUCCGUGGAACAAAUGCUAGCCACCACAACCUCCGUACUGGAGUGUCAAUGCUGGGUGUUCCAAGAUUUCGUGGAGUGGCUAUUGUUGAUCAGCACAGAGAUAUGCGAUUGGACGUGGAUCGCAUGUCCUAUGAGGAGCUUCUUGCAUUGGGGGAGCGAAUUGGCAAUGUGACACUUGGUUUGUCCGAGGACAUCAUCGCUGCCAAUUUGAAAACGAGAAUAUUUUUAUCUACCGAGACUCCUACCCCUCUGGAAAAUGUUGCAUCUGAUGAAGACCAGAAAACUGUCUGUGUUAUAUGCCAGUCUGACUACAAGGAUGGGGAGAAGAUAGGGAUUCUGAAUUGUGGUCAUGAGUACCACGAAGAUUGUGUAAAGAAAUGGCUAGCUGUGAAGAACAGCUGCGCGAUCUGCAAAUCAAAAGCCUUGUCAACUGAGAAGAAGGACAAGGAGGUGGUGACUACAGGUGGUGACUGAUGUUUUCGUUUAAUAUUUAAACCUCCGAGAUGUGGAGCUGUUGCUGAAACUGUAUUAUAAACUUGUAUAUACUUUGCUUAGCAGUCCAUCUCUCGAAAACAUUUAGCUGUUGAACCUUAAAACCUUAAAUCUGUAAGACAUUAAGUUGUACAGAUUUGUACUUCUUGUUCAA